AUGCUAUUUUCAUUGAACCCUUUUAAUUUUUAUUUUCCCGACGCUUUCCUUGGACCUCUCCCGCUUAGGAUUUCUAGCGUCAUCGAAAAAAGGAGCACUAUGAAGCGAGCCGACCUGCUUCGUCUCUUCGACUUCUUCAAUCGUCUCACGACCUGGAGUCAGCGGUUGAUUGAAGCGAACAUCGAGCUCUGUGUCUUCUGCCGCAAUAACAACGAAACCUUCGACGUCUACACGAGCCACAAGGUGAGUCCGUCGAGUGCACUCGGGCCACUGGUUGUUUUGACCGACUGUAUGGGCUGGUGUUGUCCUGGAGACGCUCAGAAGUGCCACCAACACUUUAUGGUUGAGCUUACUUCCACUUCGAGUGAAAGUGUUUGGUGA